AUGCCAAAGGUCCGAAUCAAAAAUAUACUAAUUGCGGGUGCAGUUAUUUCCGGCAUUUUUCUUCUGUUUCAGUAUGGAGGUGGUAUGGAUGGUAUGAAGGAUUUGAGCGAGCUUUCGAUGCCUGAAGAUCAGCAAUAUGCUUUCGACCAUGGAACAUCAGACGAAAAGCUUCGGAGCGAUACAGAAGAUAUAGAUGAAACCGGGGAAAUUGUCAAUAAACAUGGACAAUAUGAGAUACGAAACCUUGCAGCGGUAGGAAGUUUGGAUGAAUUUGACGAAGGUCAAGAAGCGAAGAAGAUGAAACUAUCUUCGGCGGCUUAUGAAGAGCCAGGCGACAAAGGCAAGGAAAUUCCAAAACUCAUUUGGCAAACUGCAAAGAAUCCAUUUGAACGAGAAGUUCUUCAAUAUACCCGUUUUUGGGGCAAUAAUCACCCCAGCUACAUUCAUAAUGUCUUAGAUGAUUCACAGAGUGAACGCCUUGUAAUCAAAAAUUUCGGAGAUCCAUCGUUUUCGAAAAUUUCUUCUGCUUAUGAAAUGAUGCCUUUUCCUGUUUUGAAAGCUGAUUUUUUUCGCUAUUUGGUUUUAUUAUCCCGCGGAGGCGUUUACACAGACAUUGAUACAACUCCCAUCAAACAUAUCAAUAAUUGGAUUCCAGAAGAGUAUCGUAAUGAAGGUGUACGUCUGGUUGUUGGAAUUGAAGCAGACCCUGAUCGCCCAGACUGGCAUGAUUACUACGCACGGCGAGUGCAAUUCUGCCAGUGGACCAUUGCAGCAGUUCCGGGGCAUCCUGUGCUAUGGGAAUUGGUUCAUAAAAUUACGCAUGGCACAUGGUCACUUCAUGAGAAGGGCGAACUGCUGAAAGGUACUGAUUCUGUGAUGGAAUGGACAGGGCCUGGAAUCUGGACAGAUUCCGUGUUUGACUAUUUGAAUUGGAGGUAUGGACCUUUUACUUGGGAAAAUGUAACGGGCAUUCAAACUCCAAUGCUUGUUGGCGAUGUUCUUAUUCUCCCUAUUACUUCUUUUAGCCCUGGUGUUUGGCAUAUGGGUUCUAAGUCAGCCAGUGAUCCUACAGCCUAUGUAAAGCACUAUUUUAGUGGUUCUUGGAAAGAUAAUUAA